CCCUCUCUAAGCUCCCACACACACAGGACGGGGAGGGAAUGAUCCACACACCAUAACAUGGUGCUGCUGUAGGACAGAGGUUCUGCUGUCGUUGCACCACUGUCCACCGAACGCGUUCCACUCGCGUCCACUGAGAAGUGUAGCCUGCCUGCAACCCCACGGCCAACAUGCGGCUGCAGAGCCAACUGUGAUCCGACCCGCGGAUGGUUUUGCCCGUAGUGGGCUGUCUCUUUUUGAACUCACAGCUCUGAAGUUACCUUGGUCAGGUGCAGGAGCUUGAACCGUCAUGACCUCAAAGGCCGAGUCGAAAUGCUCUGCGGUGCUGGGGAAGAGGAGGCGCAGUCCGUUGAAUCAGCUCCCACCACCGGCCAACUCCAGCAAGCCGCUGACGCCAUUCAGCAUCGAGGACAUCCUCAACAAGCCGUUCGUGAAGAGGAGCCAGCCGCUUCUGAUGUCACACAGGGAGAGCAGCCCGUCUGACCGGCCGCUGCUGGGGCAGAGCUCCCCGCUGUGCGCGCUGGAGGAGCUGGCCAGUAAAACCUUCAAGGGCCUGGAGGUCAGCGUUCUGCAGGCUGCAGAGGGCCGGGACGGUCUGGCCCUCUUCAGCCAGAGGAACACCCCAAAGAAGCGCCGGAAGUCCCGGACAGCCUUCACCAACCACCAGAUCUAUGAGCUGGAGAAACGCUUCCUUUAUCAGAAGUACCUGAGCCCGGCGGACCGGGACCAGAUCGCCCAGGACCUGUGCCUAACCAACGCGCAGGUUAUCACCUGGUUCCAGAACAGGCGGGCCAAGCUCAAGCGGGACCUGGAGGAAAUGAAGGCCGACGUGGAGUCCGCCAGAGUCGCAGAAGUUGUGGCUUUUGAGAAGCUUUCCAAGCUGGCGGAACUGGAGAAGAGCGCGGCUGAAGGUCUGGGCCUGGUGGCGCGCUCUAUGCUGAACACCGCCGAACCGGAUCAUAGGUCCGGCAGGACUGAGGAACACCUGAACAGGCCGCACACAUCGCUUCCUACUCCUCCCGCGUUGUCGCAGGACAGAGACGGACUGAGCAGCAGGUGUGGUUCGGAAGAUGAUGAUGAUGAGGAGCAGGAGAUCGACGUGGAUGACUGAAGCAUGCCACGUAGCCAGAUAUGUCGUGGGUUUCACACUUCACUUGAUCACAAGUGAAGCCGUGGAGCGAAAAUCCCGCACAGAGCGCCGUUAUGUUUUUGGAAGGCUGCACCAAUGAAGUGCCUUUAGGCUGCAUGUCCCUGAGACCCGCAGGAAGAACUGUUAGCCUCAACACUUCAAAUACAAUCCCUGAAACUCUGGGGCUUUUACAAUAUUCUGAAACAACCCGGAUCUCAUUUAGCUUAAAGGCCGUUCUCUGGUUACUCUUAAUUGGGUAACACACACAUCCGCAGCUACGCAAUACGCGUGAACGUGGAUCGUAACAACAUGACGCGCACGUCUCCCGGCCGUGUCCGCUGCCGGCUCCUUGUGGACACAGUCGGCCUUCAGUCAUCAGCGUUAGGGGCCAUAUGGUUCCAACAUUGUCGUCUUCAAUUGUGAGCCACUUUGAUGGAUGAACUAUUAGAGCUUUCUGAAGCGCUUAAUGUGGACACACUCCCUGCUCGUAUAGGGGCCCGGGGCCAUGAAUAUGAAUGGGCCUCAGCGGGCCGCUCGCUGCUUUGUGUCGUGGUUGGAGCCUCUAACAGAACCCUCACUCAUUUACUUCAUCUGUGCUUCAUUAUCCAAGGAGAGCUGCAGCUAUUUAACAUGAAAUCGGGAACAAAAGACUGAUGACAAUGGAAAGUGCCACAAUGUUGGGAAUUUUUUCGAAAGAAUAUAAAAUAUGAAUCUUGACAUUAAUAACAGUAUAAUAUAUUCCACGCAUACAUUUAAGGUAUUUUAUGGUUUAUGUGCUACAUUGCACCAUCAUCCAGCAGACUGAUAAAAUAAAUUCAUGAUUUACUGCAUCACUCGAAUUUUUUUUCUGCUCAGAAAUAUUUCGAUUGAAAACUUUUGUUGAUUUAUUUGCGUGUAUGCAACAGCAGAACCUUACAAACAGGAAGACACAGGAGGUGUGUGAACUCAAUAAGAUGUCGCGCACACACAGAACAAGCAUUAGGUGUGGCUGUUCAAUAAUGAACAAAUCUUAAAAUAAAAAAUAUUCUCAAAUAAGAGAAACAGUUUCAUGUCUUUACAUAUUUCUUAGCUAUUUAUUAAAAACAUAUAUCUUCAUGUUUGUUUUCUGUUUAAAUUAAUUCAUGACAAACUAAGUGAAUCUUUUCAGGAUUCAAUCAUGUAAUUAUUGCAGGCCCUAAUUUAAAAUUUGAUGAAAUAAAAUCUCCAAACUUAUUAUCUUUCAUCAACGUUUUGCUGCUUGCAUGGUGACAUUGAAAAGUACAUCUGUCAGAAUAAAAAAUAACAUGACAUCAA